AUGCAGCACAGCUCUAUCCACUGGUUUCGGAAAGGUCUCCGGCUGCACGACAACCCGGCGCUGCUGGCAGCGGCCACUGAUUGCCACCACCUUCAUCCCCUCUUCAUCCUUGACCCAUCCAGCAGCCGGGCAGGCACCAACGCCUGGCGGUUCCUCCUCGAUGCCCUGCGGGACUUGGAUGGGAGCCUGCGGGAAAUGGGCUCCAGGCUGUUCGUGGUGCAGGGCUGCCCAGAGGAGGUGUUCCCCCGUCUCUUCCAUGCCUGGGGGACAACACGGUUGACCUUCGAGGUGGACACCGAACCCUCCGCCCGCCGGCGUGAUGCCACUGUGGCCGAGCUGGCGGAACGGCAUGGCGUGGAGGUGAUCCAGGAGGUGUCCCACACCCUCUACGACACCAAGAGAGUCCUUGCCUUGAACGAUGGCAAAGCCCCCCUGACCUACAAGGGCCUGCAGAGCCUCCUGGCAUCCCUCGGACCCCCAGAGAAGCCAGCCCCAACACUCACAUUGGAACACCUCCAGGGCUGCCACACCCCAUGCCAGGUCAGCCAUGACACUGAGUACGGGGUCCCCACCUUGGAGGAGCUGGGCCAGGACCCCACCGAGGUGGGUCCUCACCUCUACCCCGGCGGGGAGACAGCAGCGCUUGCCCGGCUCAACUCACUCAUGGACAGGACGGCCUGGCUGUGCGGCUUCAAGAAGCCCGAGACAGAGCCCACCUCGCUGAGCCCCAGCACCACAGUCCUCAGCCCCUACCUCAAAUUCGGCUGCCUAUCGGUCCGCACCUUCUGGUGGUGGCUGGACGAGGUCUACCAGGGGCGGGAGCACUCCCAGCCCCCUGUCUCCUUGCACGGGCAGCUCCUCUGGAGGGAAUUUUUCUACACCGCCGGUGCUGGCAUCCCCAAUUUUGACAGGAUGGUCGGCAACCCCAUCUGCCUGCAGGUCAACUGGGACAACAACCCCCAGCACCUCCGUGCCUGGAGAGAGGGCCAGACAGGCUACCCCUUCAUCGACGCCAUCAUGACCCAGCUACGCACCGAGGGCUGGAUCCACCACCUUGCUCGGCAUGCCGUUGCCUGCUUCCUCACCCGCGGGGACCUUUGGAUCUCCUGGGAAGAAGGGCUGAAGGUCUUUGAGGAGCUCCUGCUGGACGCCGACUGGUCCCUCAAUGCCGGCAACUGGCUGUGGCUGUCAGGCAGCGCCUUCUUCCACCGAUACUUCCACAUCUACUCACCCAUCGCCUUCGGCAAGAAGACAGACAGGGACGGGGCAUACAUUCGAAAAUACCUCCCUGUCCUCAAGGAUUUCCCCGCCAAGUACAUCUACGAACCGUGGAAGGCACCACAGGCUGUGCAGGAACAGGCAAGCUGCUUGGUGGGCACCCACUACCCCCAGCCCAUCGUGGAGCAUGGGGCGGCGAGCAAGAGGAAUCUGGGGCGCAUGAAGGCAGCCCGCGCCCAGAAAGGUAACAAAUCCCCCAGGAGGCAUCAAGCUCCCCUUGCACCCUGCCACCACUCCAGCUGCCUUCCUCUCCUCCAGGCACCAAGCGGGAACAACCAGCUGGCCCCUCAGUGGCUGAAUCACAAAGGAAAAAGCGCAAGGCCGAGCAGCACUGACCCCCACAGGGACCCGCAGCCAUGGGUCAGGCACCACUUGUCCGGUUUUGACCCAUUUUGCUCAACUGCCUCGCAUUAAUCCCUU